AUGUCCUGUUGCAAAAAGACACCUCAGCAGGUCCCAGGGGGCAGAACUGGGGAGCAGCCACUGCAGAGUCCCUACCGGGACCCCACCCCGAGGGCUUCUCGGGGACCCCGUGGUCCCCCGCCACGGUCCCUUCGCAGCCCGCCCCGCCUGACCCCAAGUUCCAGCCAUGCUGUAGAAAAGAACCGGGAGGCCUCCCGAGUACAUACAGAUGGCCCCCCCGUCCUCUCUUGGACGAGGACCUGGAACACCAACCAGGUGGAGGGGGAGACAAUCAGACCCAAGAGGAACCCCGGAGCAGACGUGGGGGGCAGCCGCACCCCCCAGGCAGCAGACAAUUCCAGCCUCAGCCCCACACAUCCCCGUCUCUGUUCUGGAACCUUCUGUCUGUCCCCAGGGACGGCAGCCGUUAGGCAGGAGCCUGGGGCCAGAAGCAGCAACCCCAGGCCCCUGCAGGAUAGACCACGCAGACCCCCUCCCCACUCUGGCGUCCCCCACGGUACUUUGGACUUUUUUCUCAUUAAUACAGAUUAUACAGUGGCUACUUUUUAUUUUGGCCUGGAUUCCCUCUCUGAGACCCCGGUUUUCACUUUCUUUUUGGAGGGUGUUGGGAGGGAGAUUCCAGACAGACAUCCUCAAAUCCGGCUUCCUGCCAUCUUUCCCCAUCUCUGCCCCCUCGGGACGCCUCCUGAGAGUCCCCCCUCCAAACUGACACAGCCUCUCCCAUCCAGCCAGCCAUCCCGAAGCAUCUCGGAGCGUGUGGGGACCCCUGAGCUGGCCCACCCCCACCCCCAGGCGAGGCAGGGACACAGACCCAAAGCCGUACCAGUGGGACUUGUUGCGAUACCAAAACAGCCUUUUCCCAAGCAGUGCCUCACAUGUCUGCUGGUGUGGCUUUGGGGUUCUCCUCCCCUGUUCCCCAGGGCCCCCCCCCCCCAGGCCUCAGGAAAGAGGAGGCGGGAUCCAACAGGAGUAAGGGCUCUGGGAGAGGAAGGAAGUCGCUACCGCCCACCCCACAGCCCUCCAUUCACACCUCCUGGCUACAAGGGGACCCACUGGAAGGGGACAGGGGGCUGUGUCCCAGCCCCCUCCGGCCAGGAACCCCCGGUCCACUCCCCCAAUGCAUCAACCCCCCACCCCUCCAUCUUGGGUCCCAGUCAGGCUUCUAAAACCAAAGUCCCUUCAGAUCCGGGGGUCCUGGCCUCUGCCCCCAGCCUCCUCCCUCCCACCCCCAGGACCCCGCAUGGGGGAAAGACGACAGAGAGUCUGAGGGACAGAGCACAGCACAGGGGAGACAGGGAGGAAGGAGAGAGACCCACUUGACUCUGAAGUUCCUUCCUUUUCCUUCCUUUUCUUUUCCUCCAAGAUAUUUUUUGAGGUUCCCCCCCCCCAUUUUGUAUUUUACUGAUAUUACCAGGAUAGUUUACUCUGUUUCUCGCUUCCUGCUUGCCACACACACCAGAUCUCACACACACACACACACACACACACACACACACGCGCGCCACAUUCAUGAACCCAAGUUGGGAGAAGCCUCGGGCUGGGUCUGCCGCCCCCCUCUCCCUCCCCAGGUGGGGACGGGGGGACAUCUAGGCGCACCUGGCCAACUCCUCCCUUGCCCGGCUCACCCGCCUGCCCCCUCCUCACAUCAUUCUCUGAUCAUAACCUUGUAUAUUACGCAGUCAUUUCGGGUUUUGCAGACGCGCCUACCUAAGUACCAUUUACAGAAAGUGACUCUGGCUGUUAUUAUUUCGUUUGUUUGUUUCCCUAUGCAAAAAAAAAAAAAAAAAAAAAAGAAAGAAAAAA